AUGCUGUCCACUCUCCGGGUUGCCAGCCGCCAGGCUGUCUCGCGUGACUCAGGGAUGCGAGCCCUGAUCGCAGGUGCGCGAUCGGCUUCCACCUGGGCUAAUGUUCCUCAGGGUCCUCCGGAUGCGAUUCUCGGUAUCACUGAAGCCUACAAGGCCGACCCUUUCAAGGAGAAGAUCAACCUCGGUGUAGGAGCUUACCGUGACGACCAGGGCAAGCCUUACGUCCUUCCUUCUGUUCGCGCUGCCGAAGAGAAAGUCGUUGCGUCGCGCCUCGACAAGGAGUACGCCGCCAUCACCGGUCUUCCUUCUUUUACCAAGGCGGCUGCUGAGCUUGCCUACGGAGCCGACUCGCCCGCCAUCAAGGAAGACCGCCUUGUUAUCACUCAGUCCAUUUCCGGCACCGGUGCCCUGAGAAUAGGCGGUGCUUUCCUCGAGCGCUUCUAUCCUCACGCCAAGAAGAUCUAUCUCCCUACCCCUAGCUGGGCCAACCACAAUGCGGUCUUCAAGGACUCCGGCCUCGAAGUAGACAAGUACCGGUACUACAACAAGGACACGAUUGGCCUCGACUUCGAGGGCAUGAUCGAGGACCUCAAGGCCGCUCCGGCGAACAGCAUCAUCCUGCUGCACGCUUGCGCUCACAACCCGACUGGUGUGGACCCAACCCAGGACCAAUGGCGUAAGAUCAGCGACGUUAUCAAGGAGAAGGGCCACUUCGCCUUCUUCGAUAUGGCCUACCAGGGCUUUGCCAGCGGCGACGCUGACCGUGAUGCGUUUGCGCCGAGAUACUUCGUCAAGGAGGGCCACAACAUCGCUUUGUGCCAGAGCUUUGCCAAGAACAUGGGCCUGUACGGUGAGCGUGUUGGUGCCUUCUCCCUCGUGACUGCCUCCCCCGAGGAGAAGAAGCGCGUCGAGUCCCAGAUCAAGAUUCUCAUCCGCCCUCUGUACUCCAACCCUCCUGUUCACGGCGCCCGUAUUGCGUCGACCAUCCUGAACGACCCGGAACUGUACAAGCAGUGGCUGGGCGAGGUCAAGGGGAUGGCUGACCGGAUCAUUGAGAUGCGUGCGCUGCUGAAGAAGAAUCUGGAAGAAUUGGGCAGCAAGCACGACUGGUCUCACAUCACCAGCCAGAUCGGAAUGUUCGCGUACACUGGCCUGAAGCCUGAGCAGAUGGAGAAGCUGUCCAAGGAGCACUCUGUCUACGCUACCAAGGACGGCCGUAUCUCCGUGGCUGGCAUCACCUCGAGCAACGUCAAGAGACUGGCCGAGGCCAUCUACAAGGUGACUGGUUAA